AUGAAACUUGAUGCCACCAUCUUACGAUACAUAACCAAGGACGAAAUCCGAGUCCUUACUGCUAUCGAGAUGGGCAUGAAAAACCAUGAAGUAGUCCCUGUUCAGCUUAUAGAAAGCAUUGCAAAGCUCAAGCGUGGUGGCACUUUCAAGAUUAUCCAAGGUCUUCUCAAAUACAAAUUAAUCCAGCAUCUGAAUAAGCAGUAUAGUGGUUACUCACUGACAUAUCAAGGGUAUGAUACUCUUGCAAUCCACACAUUUAUGAAGCGUGGGCAUAUAAGAGAAAUAGGGAGCAUGAUAGGAACAGGCAAAGAAAGUGAUAUUUAUCUUUGCGUGGAUAAUGAUGGGAAUGAAAUCGUAUUAAAACUAGCAAGGCUUGGAAGAAUUUCAUUUCGUCAAGUAAAAAAUAAAAGAGACUAUUUGAAUGGAAGAAGCAGGCAUAAUUGGCUUUAUUUGUCAAGAUUAGGAGCUAUUAAAGAAUUUACUUUUAUGGAAGCUUUGCAUGGCGCUGGGCUACCUGUGCCAUCUCCUAUAAGCCAAAAUCGCCAUGCAAUUCUUAUGUCUUUAUUGCCAGCCACAACCUUAUUGAAUGUAAAAAGAAUGGAAAGACCACAAAAAGUCCUUAAUGAAGCCAUUGAUAUUGCUAUAAGAAUUGCAAGACUUGGUCUUGUCCACUCAGAUUUUAACCAAUUUAAUAUAUUAGCGAGUGAAGACGAAAAAAUUUAUGUUAUUGAUUUUCCACAGAUGGUAAGCAGAAAUCAUAAAAAUGCCAAUGAGUUCUGGAUGAGGGAUUUAGAAUGUCUUAACAGUUAUUUUUCAAGGAGAUUUGAAGUAGAGUGCGCGGAGUUUCCAAAGCUAGAAGACAUUGAAAUUGAAAGAAACUUGGAUGAAGAAAUCAAAGCAAGCGGCUAUGUGAAGCAAGGGCUCAAUAAAAAAGAAAUUGAAGACUUGGAACAAUUAAAUUUGGUCAACUUAAAGGAAGAUGCAAAUUUAGAAGAAAAUGAAGAAGAAGAAGGAGAGGAAGAGGAAAAUGAAGAAGGAUUAGAAAAUAAUGAAGAAAAUAAAGAAAACAGUGAAGAAAGUUUAAGUGAAGAAGAAGAAGAAGAGAGCAAGCCAGAAGAAGAUGAAAAUAAAAGUAAUGAAGAAAAAGAAAGCCAGACUAUAGAAAAAGAGCAAAAAGAGCCUGAAGAAACAGAAAGCCAAACUGCAGUAAAAGAAGAAAAUAAACCUGGAGAAACAGAAAUAGAAAAAGAGGCUGAACGCUCAGAAAAGCUCCCAACACAAGAUCAAAUUAAAUACAAAAUCAAAAAGCAGCUCUCAAAGCAAAAUAAGGUCAAGCUUCACCAAAACAAAGUCAAAGGCGCGAUAUCAAUGAAAGAGUUUUAA